UUUGGCCUCUUGAUAAUUGCUGGUCUUCAUGGCUGUCACUUUUGCCCAUGUCCCGAGUUCUGGGUCGAAGGAAUUCCAUGCAGCCGUUGAUAGUCUCCGGGACUCUCGACCGUCCAAGAUAUUUAACCCUGGUAUCAGAAACUUCUACGUCUCUAAUAACCCUAAGGCCCCGUGUUGGUGGCAGGUCCUUGCUGCUACCGUCCCGGAGAAGCGCGUCUUUACCAACAACGGUGUCACUUUCCGUGGUGAGAUCAAUGGCCAUGCUUUUGAGGAGACUGGCACAGUUGAAGAAGUUUGGGCUACGCUCAAGGCUCGCCACCCGGAGAUUGAGCUCAAUACUACCGCUAUUGACGAGCACAAGAACGAGAAGCGCGACAAGGCCAUCCCACCUCUCUGCAUCCCGGUCCGUGGUCAUCCGUGGUUGGGGGCCCAUUCUGAAUUCAUCGACGACGCGUCCCCUCCGGCUACCUCGCCACCUUCGCUCAGGACCUCCGGAAGUAUUGCACGAAGGGAUGCAGCUUUGAUGGGCGUCGUUACUGCAGAACCGGUGGUCAGUAGUUUGAGGACCAAGAAGGCUACAAUAUCAUCGUCAACAUGGAAAGGUGCUAAGCAUUGUCGCCUCGAGUACACCUCUUCAUAUCCAUCCGUCUUGGUCAGCAGAAGUCGACCACCGCUACAUCAUACUUUUGGACAUCGCAUAUUUCGACUCGGCCCAUUGGCUUCUGGAAAAGUGCUUGGUGAUAGUUGGCUGGCUGGAUUUGAGGAUACAAUAAUGGCGUGGGUCUGAAUUUUCACAAAUGGUUAUGGGGCGGCGUUUUCGCUGGCUUUUCUGGGUGCACUUUGUUUCUGCCAGCGUCGGGCGCCGAGCAAUCAAUGCGAUCAUGAACGUAUAAACCCAUUCCUCAAUUAUUCGUGACUUUGACCGCAAUUUACCUUCUCGAUCGCGUCCUUUGUUAUGACCCUGAAUGCGGUAGAGUGCAUAGAUAGCAAUAUGGGUCUUCUGGGUCCCAUUAUUCUAUUUGUUCUGCACGAA